GGUCUGUGCAAAUGGAAUAUGACCGGUCGCAUAUGAUCCUCGUGCGCCUUCAGUCUGGUUUGUGUUUCUCGGGCGGCGCCUUUCAGAUCUCAAGAAGUGACACUCACGAGCCUCUGCAAUCAUGGAGUGGAAACCGAUGGAAAUAAACCCUGAGAUGCUGAAUAAGGUGUUGAGUAAGUUGGGUGUGGGCUCGAGUUGGCGUUUUGUGGAUGUUUUGGGUCUGGAGGAUGAGUCUCUGUCAGGGGUGCCCUCACCCUGCUGUGCCAUGAUGCUGCUCUUCCCUUUAACGCAACAGCAUGAGGAGUUUCGUUCCAAACAGUCUGUUGAUGACUGUAAAGAUGUGUAUUUUCUGAAACAAACUGUGGUCAACUCUUGUGGAACUGUGGGUUUGGUGCAUGCUGUGGCCAACAACCAGGACAGUGUUGAUUUCGACAGUGACUCUGUGCUGAAGAAGCUUCUAGAAGACACCUCUAAGAUGUCUGCUGCAGAAAGAGCCAAAGCAUUUGAACAAAAUAAGGCCAUCCAGGAGUUUCAUGAUGCGGUUGCUGAUGAAGGACUGUGUCAACCAGAGCCAGACAAAGUUAACUUCCAUUUCAUUACCUUUGUCAAUGUGAACGGUCAGCUUUAUGAGCUGGAUGGCAGAAUGGAUGGACCUGUGAAUCAUGGACCUACAAAGCAAGGAAGCUUCGUCAUGGAUGCUGCAAGGGUGUGCCGUGAGUUUACGGAGCGGGAGAAAGGGGAGGUGCGUUUCUCUGCUGUGGCUCUCUGCAAAGUCUGAGGAGCCAGACCACUUCGCUUGAACCAUGAGCAGUUCCUGAAAACCCUUCAAGCACUUACUACACAGAGCACAGAAUCCAAUCCUGUAUUACGCUACACAAACUGCCUGCCUGCCUGUCUGACUGUGAAUUACUGUUUCUUAGUUCUCUUUUUGUCUCCCUUGUCUAUCGGCAACUACUAAGCUCUUUGUAAACAUCAAUUAGCUUUUGUUGAUUUUACCUCAUUUCCUUCAAGUGUGAAUAUUUUGGGCACUUUUUGAUGGGGGCAACAUUUAGCAGAAAUUAUGUGAACUCGAUAAGCUUGGGGCCUAUGUUCAAAAUAAAAAGACUGAGAAGGGUAA